AUGGCGGCGGCAACAAGAGCGUCCGGGUGGGGCCGGCGUUGGCCGGUAUGGGGCCGGGUGCUGGGCCUGGCUUUGCUGCUGGGUUUAGGGGCACGGCCCGGCGCCGCCACCACUCACUGGGUGGUCACCGAGGAUGGCAAGAUACAGCAGCAGGUGGAUUCGCCAAUGAACUUAAAGCAUCCUCAUGAUUUGGUGAUACUAAUGAGACAAGAAACAACAGUGAACUACCUCAAAGAGCUGGAGAAACAGUUAGUUGCUCAAAAGAUUCAUAUAGAGGAGAAUGAAGACAGAGACACAGGGCUGGAACAAAGGCAUAAUAAAGAGGAUCCAGACUGCAUUAAAGCAAAGGUGCCCUUGGGGGACCUGGAUCUGUAUGAUGGCACAUACAUCACCUUAGAGAGCAAAGAUAUCAGCCCUGAAGACUAUAUAGACACACAGUCUCCUGUACCUCCCGAUCUAGAACAACCAGACUGUACAAAAAUUCUAGAUCUUCCAUACAGCAUUCAUGCUUUUCAGCACUUACGGGGUGUUCAAGAGAGAAUUAAUCUUUCCGCACCCUUAUUACCUAAAGAAGAUCCUAUCUCCAUUUACUUAUCCCGACGUUUAGGAAGAAGUAUAGAAGACAUAGGUCAUCAUAUUUAUGAAGGUCUAAUGAAGAACUCUUCUUCCUGGGUGCUGUAUAAUAUGGCCUCAUUUUAUUGGCGAAUAAAGAAUGAGCCAUAUCAGGUAGUUGAGUGUGCCAUGCGGGCUCUCCACUUCUCCUCAAGGCACAGUAAAGAUAUUGCACUGGUAAACCUGGCAAAUGUUCUACACAGGGCUCAUUUCUCAGCAGAUGCAGCCAUCGUGGUCCAUGCAGCUCUGGAUUACAGCGACUUCUUUACCAGCUAUUACACUUUGGGAAAUAUAUACGCAAUGCUUGGGGAGUACAACCACUCAGUCCUGUGUUAUGAUCAUGCUUUACAGGCCAAACCAGGGUUUGAACAAGCUGUAAAAAGGAAGCAUGCUGUCCUAUGUCAGCAAAAACUUGAGCAGAAACUGGAAGCUCAGCAUAGAUCACUUCAGCGAACGUUAAAUGAGUUGAAGGAGUAUCAAAAACAGCAUGACCAUUACCUGAGGCAACAGGAGAUCUUAGAGAAGCACAAGCUGAUCCAAGAGGAGCAAAUCCUGAGGAACAUCAUCCAUGAGACGCAGAUGGCAAAAGAGGCACAACUAGGGAACCAUCAGAUAUGUCGGCUUGGCAACCAACAGCACAGCUUGCACUGCCAGUGGGACCAGCCUGUUCGCUAUCACCGUGGGGACAUUUUUGAAAAUGUGGAAUAUGUUCAGUUUGGAGAAGACUCAUCAAGAUCCAGUAUGACAUCUGUGAAUUUGGAUCUCCAUGCGAACCACAGCGAUCUCAGCCACUCUUUGCAGUCUUCUCCUGUUGCCCAUUCUAUUGUUUCACUGUGGGGCCUGGAAUCAGAUGCCUACAGGGAUAAACAGCAUAUUCUUUGGCCUAAAAGAUCAGACUGUGUAAAAUCCUUUCCAACAAUCCCGAACCCAGAGGAACUGCCAACCUAUUUCCUGCCUCCAGAAAACAGAGGAUUCAGAGUCCAUUCGAUCCUGAGUAGCCCAGGAGAGGCCCAUGUGCAUGGAGAGGCCCAGCUGCCAGAUUGUUCGUCUAUUACUGAUGUCCAUAACAAUGAAACUCUGUACACGUUGGUCAAAGAACUAGAUGGUCAUCUGGAGCUGAAAUUUAAAAUGCCGGAUGAUCAUGCAAGACAAAUCUUGCAUUCACGUAUCAACAAUCAAACUAUUACAGAGGAGCAAAUAGGAGUAUUCAUCUCUCAUGCUAUAAAGAAGCCAAGGGAUCCUUUAUGGCUUAUGCUUAAUGAGGCUGGACUCUACUGGCGUGCGGUUGGAAAUAGCACCUUUGCUGUCACGUGCUUGCGAAAAGCAUUGAACUUAGCCCCACAUGAGUAUCAGGAUAUCCCUUUAGUCAAUCUAGCUAACCUUUUGAUUCAUUAUGGUCUUCAUCUGGAUGCCAGCAGGCUCCUGCUAAAAGCUGUGGCCAUCAAUAAUUCUGAGCCCCUGACUUUCUUGAGCCUAGGAAAUGCCUAUCUGGCUCUGAAGAAUAUCAGCAGAGCCUUGCAAGCCUUCAGGCAUGGGCUGGAUUUAACUACAAAGUGUCAGGAGUGUGAGAGCAACCUGAAGUUGAUCCGCUGUCUGCAGUUUUGUCCUUUUGUGUACAACAUCACCUCUUCUGUAUGCAGUGGCCACUGUCAUGAGAGAAACCCUGAUGGCAGCCAUGACAAGCAGAAGUACUUUGGUGACCCCCAAGAGUCUGUAAUAACAGCUGAGGAAGAAAACUCUGAAGGAGAUAUAGAAGAAGAUCCAGAAGCCUUUGUUCAGAGUUCAACAGUAGACCCUUCCUCCCUGAGACUGGAAAACACAGUUGUUGCAGAAAGCAAUGACACAGAAGGGGUGGAGAGUUUGGGAGAUGCUCAGAUGUCUGAAGAGAUGUUGGCCUUGGUGGACGAGUUUGAAAAUUCCUGGUCUCUCGAAGCCUUUGAGGGGGCACUGGAGGUGAAAGGUCGUCGGAUGGACUUGCAGGGAAUCCGGGUUCUAAAGACGGGUUCUCAGGAUGGACUGGCUAGCUCCUGUUUUGGAGAUUGUGGAGAUGAUGAUGAAGCUGAAUGGAUCACAUUCCAGGUCAAACGUUUAAAGAAACCAAAAGCAGAAAGCUUGGAUCUUCAGGAGCCCCCUGGGAGAAAUGGAGAGGAAGGGGUUAAUGUAGAAGAUGAAAACCUUUACCAAAUGGCACUGGAGAUCAGUGGCCCAAAGAUACCCUCCCCUGGACCACCAGGGAAAAGGCGUGACUAUCGCAGCCUGGGCUGGCCAAGUCCUGAUGAGUGUUUGAAACUCCGCAGGGUGGAGUUCACUACUGUAGCCAGCACAUGGCUAGCUGUUUCUGCUAAAAAUAUUGACAUUACAGAGCACAUCGAUUUUGCCACACAGCUGCAAGAACCAGCCAUGGAGCCCCUUUGCAGCCCCAAUCUACCUGCCAGUAUGCACACCUUGGACCAUCUGCAAGGGGUCUCCAAUCGGGCUAGCCUGCAUUACACUGGAGAGAGUCAGCUGAAAGAGGUAUUACAGAAUCUUGGCAAAGACCAGUAUUCACCACAGUCAUUAGAACAAGUCGGAACUCGAAUAGCCAAAGUUUUGGAAAAGAAUCAGACUUCCUGGGUCCUCUCCAGCAUGGCGGCUCUCUACUGGAGGGUGAAAGGUCAAGGGAAGAAAGCAAUAGACUGUCUGCGGCAGGCCUUGCACUACGCGCCGCAUCACAUGAAGGAUGUGCCACUAAUAAGCCUAGCGAACAUCUUCCACAAUGCAAAACUUUGGAAUGAUGCCAUCAUCGUGGCUACCAUGGCAGUGGAAAUAGCCCCGCACUUUGUGGUUAAUCAUUUCACACUGGCUAAUGUCUAUGUUGCAAUGGAGGAGUUUGAAAAGGCCAUGAGAUGGUAUGAAUCAACGUUAAAACUCCAGCCUGAGUUUGCACCAGCAAAGAGUCGAAUCCGCACCAUCCAGUGUCAUUUACUCAUGAAAAAAGAGCGACGGUCUCCAUGAAGAUCAGCAGCAGCUUCUUUUUUCUUAAGAAAACAAAAUCAUUGUUCACUAUUCUGCUUUUAAUGAGGGGUGCUAAGAUAAAUUGGGGAAUCAAGAUUUCUAACAACUCUUGGAAAGAAAUGGGGUUUGGAUCAAGGGAUUUAUAGUUUGUUUUUUCAGGUGGAGGAUUAUCUUUGGGAAAUAAAUACAUUUCACAAACCA